AUGUGCCUCUUUUGGAUAACGAAAUAUCUCUGUUCCUGCCUCUACGACGAAUUCUACUACCCCUGCUCAUGGGCCAGUCGCAACCCGGAAACAAAUCCGGACCCUGCUCUCCGCCGUGCGAGUUACCCACAGAACUGCCAUGUGCGCAGCGUAGAAGAGAUCAUUGACUGUUCAGUUCUGUGCGAGCUAUGUUUUGAGAAAUUACACGACUGGGUUCGUAAAGAUUGUGACAUCAAGAAGACGCUUGCGCGCAAUGGUACUUCUCCCUUAGUGGAGCAGCUGGGUAUGCUGAUAUUGUUGGAGAACGAGAAACUUGAGCAGUGGAAGAUUUUUGGUAAGGACAGCUAUAGGUAUAUGACAGUUGGGAUAGAGGAGCUCGAGAAGGCGGAAAGGGGUGUGGAGAUGGGAAUUGGGGUUCGGCGCGCAAGGAAGGGUAACGGGCGAGAUGCAUGGAAGCGGGCUACUCACUACACGCAAGAGGAGACAGAGAAGCGCGAGCUUGCUGCCUCUGCUACGGGGAUGGGACUGGAUCUAAAUUUCUGGGGGCUGCUAGAGUAA